AUGUGCUUCUACCGUGGUCGUUUCUACCUGGCCUGUGACCACUUUGAGUUCAACCUCGUUGAAUUCUGCAAGGCGAUGAAGGAGAACACCGAGACAAUCAUCGCACCCAAUGCAGCCCUCUGGCGAGCAGCCGACACCUAUAUGGAAGAUGAGUGCAAGCCCCGCGUCUACAUCUUCGAGUACAUGAACGGACGUCCCGUCGUUCUCCAAUGGAAGAACGCCAGUGAUACCUCCGUCACCAAUGUCGUCGAGUGGGCAGACGCAUUGGUGGGUGGUUGGUGUACCCGGUGCUUCAACAUCAUGAGAACGUCCGAGGAAGCGGGCCUCCUUGCUCUCCAGCAGGGUGCCCGCAUCAUGUACCACUUGACGCCUCAAAGCACCAGCAUCUUCGAUAUCCCUGACACCAGACCCAUCCUCUGGUACCCGCCUGAGCCCACCGGCCCUAAGGCUGCUGGCCCUGAGGUGAAGCAGGGCUCAGAGGAGGAGCAGCCUGAGGAGAAGCCUGAGGAGGAGCAGCAGCAGCAGCAAAGCAAGUAG